AUGUUAACAAAAGCCUACAAACCCAAAAAAAGAAACCAAAAAAAAAAAUACAGAGCAAAACCGAGACCAAAAGUUGACAAUAACCGACCGGAAACUACAUGGAAUUGUCAUCAACUAGAUGAUCAACAGAUUACAAUGGUGUCUUCUUAUAAUACUUUUACUUAUUCCCUGAUAUUAUUGGUUUUUUUAAUAUUAGGUCCUUUCAGUGUUAAUUGUUACGAAAAUAUCCAUUUUAUACCAUUCGAAAGAAAUGAGAACACUGGAGUUAGCUUAACAUUAGCUGGGGAACAUGCUUUAGAAAAUGGUUUUCUACAAAAACGUAAUAAAAAAGAUUUACCAAUAUUUGAUUCAAUUUUUUCACCUGAAGUUUUUGAAAGCGAAAAUAAUCAACAUCCAUUUGAUGAGGAUACUAAUGAAUGUGGUGGCUUAUAUCGAAAUUUUUCAACUUUACUUUUGACACCAAAUUUCGGAAUAAAAAAUUAUGAACCGGGAUUAAAUUGUGAAUACAUAAUUUUUUCACCAUAUCGAUGUCCAAAUGAAUUUCACAUACAAUUUUUAGAUUUCGAAAUAGAAUAUUCUGAAAAUUGUACAAAAGAUUAUUUAGAAAUCGGUAUUGAGCCAAGAAUAUGCGGUCAAAUUGUUGGUAUAAAAAAUUAUAAAACUGAAGAUGGCGUUUUGGUAAUUAAUUUUCAAUCUGAUGGAACAAUUGAAGGUAAAGGAUUUAAAUUAUUAGUAACUCGUCAGCCUUGUAAUGAAGAUUAUACAAUUCGUAAGCUUAGACAAAAUAAUUUUCAAAUUUUAAAUGAUAAUAGAAAUGGUAAAUCGUUAAAUGUAAAAGGUAUUGCAAAUCAUUUGUUACCACCUGAAAAAACGAAAAGCAAUGUAGAAGGAUCUAAUAAUAUUUUAUCAACUUCAGAUAACAAUUAUAAUUUUAAAUUUCAAGAAGAAAAAGCUCAAAAAUAUAUUAAUCAAAAAAAUGUACCAGAAUCAAUUUCAAAUUAUAAUAAUAACAAUAUCGAUUAUUCAAAUCCACAUAUAAAUCCAGUUUCCUCACUUUAUUCUAAUCAUGUUGCACCGUUUCCAAAUAACAAUCCGCUGGUACCACCCAAAAACAAUAGAAAUGAAUAUUUACCACCACCAGCAAAUUAUCCUCAACCACAAAUUGAUAAUAGUAUUGCUAUAGACAAACCUAUUUCAACUGUUAUAUCAGGCACAGACGACGCUAAAAUAAAUUUACCAAAUUAUCCAAGGUGCCAUUCCUAUCCUAAUCAAAUUUAUGAAACUAAACCACAAUUUCCGGCUUUAAAUGAAAUUCCAAAUUCGAUUUUAACACAAAAUCCUGUUGUUUGCUGUCAUUCACCAACUUUACCUAUUGUAACACUGGGAAGUUAUAAUUCCAAAACACCGAAUUUCUUUCAAAUGACAACAAUUCCUUGGUAUCCACCGAUUAACUCAAAUUACCAAACACAAAAUCAAAGAAAUAAUAUUCCUUUGAUUGUUAAUUCUAAUCGUUAUCCAGAAAAUGCAAAUGAACUUCCUCUUAAAACAAUACAAAACCAAAUUGGUACAAUUCGGUCACAGUCACAAAUAUUGGGAAUUAUACCAUCUGGAACACUGCCCCCAUGUUGCGCAAAUAUAUUUACACAGCAACGAUUUUAUCUAUCAUCCCCUGGAUUUCCCUAUAGUUCAAAUUAUUUCACAGACUGCCUUUAUUAUAUAAGAAAAAAUUCUCAAAAUAUUUGCCGUUUGAGAAUAAACCUUAAGUUUUUCGUUCUGGGUAACACUGCAACAUAUAAUUAUUAUAGACAAUUAAAUAAUAUAGCUCCAGAAAUUUGUUUGGAUGAUUUUAUUGAAAUUGAUGGUCAAAGAAUAUGUGGCUGCAAAACCGGAAUUGAAUAUAUAUCAGAAUGGGGAUUAGAGGAUAAAAUUAUUCGAUUAAAGUUAUUUGGUAAAGCCAACAAUAGCCAGAAGAAUGGUUUUAUUUUGGAUAUUUUGCAAGAAGAAUGUUCAAACCGUUUCCGAAAAAAUAUUGUCAACGAUGGUCAACCACAAAUAUUAAGAAGAGACCUUCUUAUCCACUCCUCAGAUAAUAAUAAUUUGAAUUCGAAAAAUACAUCUUCCCACGAAACAGAUAAAUUAGAAAAUCUAAGCAGAACUAACUUUCGCAUUAAGAGACAAAUUUCAUUUGAUAACCCGACAGGUUCCAGUUCACAAUUUUUUGCGUUUCAAAACAAACAAAACCAAUGCUCAUUUACUGCAGCAGAUUUUUUUAAAUUAAUUAUUGAAUUACCUUGGAUAAAUCGACCGCAAUGUAUAGGCGUAGGGCAAGCAAUUGUUCAGGUAUAAUUGACCUAACUCGGAUACUUUAAUUGUAUUCUUCAAGCAUCAGUAUUUUUAAAAUUAGCAAAUAUAAAUUUCUGUACAGUAGUUUAAGAAAAUAUCAUGUUACAAUUUUAAGGAAUAAAAUGUUAUACUUAUGUAUUACACACAUACACUGUAUUACAAACAUUACACACACACAUCCUUACCCAAUGUACAUUUUACAUAUUUAAUUUCUACAAUACAUAUCACCAACAUACAUACAUAUAAAAAGUUAUGUUAAAUUGGAAUUUUACCCAUUUAAUAAGCAGGCAUUGUGAUCUACAAUCUACAUCACAGGCAUCUUUGAAAAAAAC